AUGUUGGGGUCUGGUAUCUACACUGGUUUGUUCCGUCACAGCAAUGGAUCUCGAAUCCGUAAGCCACAAUUCAACUUAACAAUUUCUUAUAGGUACAAAAAAAAUAAUUUAGUUAAGGGUUAAUUCUUCACAGAAUCUAACCAUUUCAUAUAUUUACUAUGAACGGACUUAUCUCUUGUAGCUGUGACCUUCAAGCUGAGCAGAGUUGAGACCUGCCCAAAUUGUUGGCUGUUCUGCCUUUGGUUCUACAUUCAGCCUACAAGCCCUGAUGACAGCAGCACUUCAGAUGAGGAUGAAGAGGAUGACCUGGUCAGUGAUGAAGAGGAAGAGGAGGUGUCUUGUGAUGAAGAGGAGUUAAGGAGGCGAAUGAAAAACCUUCAUUUUGACCAGUCUGUUGAUGCCAGUCUUGGCCAGGUAAAUAGUUCAUGAAUGUUAUUAUCUUUUAAGAGGUUUAAAAUGGUGAGAGAUAUAACCCUUGAUCAAUUUGUUUUGUUUUGGGUGAAGAAAAUCUGUGAGUGACAGUCACUCAGGAGUUCAGCAACUUGUGAGUGACAGUCAGUCAUGAGCUCAGCUAUAAGAAUUUUGAUGAAAACCAAGAAAAGUAUAAAAUAUGCAUGUAAGAAGUCCACUCUGAGUCAGAACUGUUUGGCAAGAGAGGACAUGAUAGGAUGUAGUAAUGCAUUAGAGAGCAUAGGGCAGUAGAGAGAGGUCAAAACAGAGUGUAGAGAGUAGUCACUUGAGGUGCUUGCAAUUAAUGGGCUAAUUUUGUUUAACUAACACACAGUUAGAAAUGCCAGUUUGAGAAUUCUUUAUAUAAACAGGCUUUUUUUUCAUUAAAAAAAUGUUUUUAAUCAAUUUAGUUGAUUGUUGACCAGGCUGGCCUGAACCAGUCCCAGAAUGCAGCAUCAGGAGAAGACAUGCUGGAUCUGGAAGCAGCCAUGGCUGGAAAGUUCUCCGAGAAAUAUAUUGUCUGUGAAACACUGGGUCAAGGCAGCUUCGGAUUUGUGCGCAGAGCUCACAGUGUCGAUUCCAGCAAAAGUGUGAGGACCUUUGCCCUUAUCCCUGUGUCUUUGAACUCAUACAUCUAAUGUGUUCUUUAAUAAUUCUUCCCAAGAGAUUUAAUCAAAGUUUUUAUCAAUGUUUAAAAAUCAAAUAUUCUUUAUGACUGUCAUCUACAAAGUAGGCAAAACGCACUUAAAUGGGGCCAUUUAUAUACCACACAAGUGUGUGUGAUAAACCAAAAGUUGACCAACUUUUAUUGUAUUAAAAUGUUGGACUUAAAUAUUUCUAAAAAUGCAUGUUUGUCUCUUUUAUGAAAGAAUUAAAAAUUCAAACCAGAAUGUGAAGCUUCAUUGCUUAUAAAUCCUUUAAAAUUGAUGUCAACUAGUCAGCCAAGGCAAAACUUCCCUUGGUGCAAUUUGGGGAUCUUCAGAGAAAAGCUUGAGAUCCGUCAACUUAGUAGUAUUGACAUAAGCAGUAAAGAAUAUUGUUUUAUGACCUAACAGUCCCACAUUUUUUAUGGCAAAACAACCCAAACUGUUUCAUGAUGUAUGUAGUCAUCUUUUUUUUAUGGCGUGCCCAUCCGUUUGAAUGAUGUGCCCACCCGUUUGAAUGACGUGCCCACCCGUUUGAAUGACAUAACUGUGCCAUCUGCUCCUGCAGGUUGUCGUCAAGUUUAUCAAUAAAAGUAAAAUGUUUGAUGACGCCUGGGUCUACGACUCUGAGUCAGAGAGGAGAAUUCCCAUGGAGGUGGCCAUGUUGAGAGAUUUGGACUGUGACUACAUCAUCAAAGUGAGCAUUUCAUCAUUUCCCCUCAGUGGUUCAAAGGCCAAUGAAAAUACCUCUUCCAACUUUUUAAUUUAACUAUCAAUUAAUUUUUUAUUUUUUUUUCUGAUGCAUCAAAGCUAACUUGCGAAAAAUAAUUUAUUAGCAAAAAUCUUUUCAAUAUAGUAAAGCUAUUAAAAAUUGUAACUAUACAAAAUCUGGUUAGGUAUCAUGUUAUAAAAGUUGUUACUUGAUAUGUCAUGAAUACUGGUCAUAGUGGAGGUUCUGGUCAUGGUAGGGGUUGAUACUGGUCAUGGUGGGGGGUUGAUACUGGUCAUUGUGGGGGGUUGAUACUGGUCAUUGUGGGGGGUUGAUACUGGUCAUGGUGGGGGUUGAUACUGGUCAUUGUGGGGGGUUGUUACUGGUCAUGGUGGGGGUUGAUACUGGUCAUAGUGGGGGUUGAUACUGGAAUACUGGUCAUUGUGGGGGGUUGAUACUGGUCAUGGUGGGGGUUGAUACUGGUCAUUGUGGGGGGUUGAUACUGGUCAUGGUGGGGGUUGAUACUGGUCAUAGUGGGAGUUGAUACUGGUCGUGGUGGGGGGUUGAUACUGGUCAUGGUGGGGGGUUGAUACUGGUCAUGGUGGGGGUUGAUACUGGUUGUAGUGUGGGUUGGUACUUUGUGGAUGAAGUAAAGAUUACAUGAACCUGAAUACACAUGACCAAAGGGUAUCUCUAAAGGUUGGACCAUUAAAAAAAAGGGCAGUUAAAAAAAGAGUUGUCUAUUAUUUUGUAUAUUCUGUGCAUGGGACGGGUUAUCUUGCUUGUGACAGAAUAGCAUGCAGUGAUAUAUUUGUCUUUGUUCCUCUAACCCUUGAGAGUGUUUGGGCAGCAAUAAAUGUUCCCAAUAGCCAAUGAAAUAUAAAAACAAGGGUAUGCUAAACUUGAAUUCAUAGACAGGACAAACGAUUUGGACGUUUCAACUUGGAGCCUUCAUCAGCAUUGAAAAAUUGUUUUUAGAAAUUUCCUUUUGUUGCCGGAAGUAGGAUUACAGGAAGUGAAAGAAUAUACAUAUUGGUAUUGUGAAAAAUAAGGUAGAUAGUCCAUAAAUUAUUAUCUUUUAUUCCCAAUAGCAACAAUAUCUUAUUUAUUUUAAUCCAAUUAGAGGAGGAGGCUGUGAAAUACAAAUCCUGUUGCCAUCCAACUUGCCGCCCUUCCAUGAAGCCACCGGCACUAGACAUUAUGUUACUGUUAUAGUGUUAAUCUACGAGACCAUUAGAUUACAUCAGAUGAGUGUUAUGAAAUGUUUGUUCUGUUUAUUAUUUGAUUCUGUCGUUCCAUCCAGCUGCUGGCCGUCUAUGAAAACCCAAACUUUGUUCAGAUGGUCAUGGAAGAUUUCGGGGAGAUCGACAUGUUCGAUUUUAUUGAUCAGGCCUGCAUAGAUGAGCCGAUGGCUUGCCACUUAUUCCGACAGGUCAGUUCUGUAGUAUCUGUUUUUAUGAAAAUGAGACCAUUUCAGAGCUACCAAGAGCAGACACCUACCGUGUUUUAGUUUUGAGUGAGGGUUUUAAGAUCAUUUAAAGAUCUCAAAUGAUCAAAAUCAUCUUGAAAACUCUGUUUUCUGAAGUACUGUGGCAUCUCAGUUCAACACUCGGUACAACUGACAAAUGCUGUUUUAUACAAUCUUACAAAAUAACAUUUCCAUACAAUAAAAUUAAUUACAGCUACCAGAAAAACUAGAACAAGACUUAAGUGUUUUGAAUCAUAAAUCUAUGCCAUUUGUAAGAUACCAGGCUCAGAAAAUAAGAGAGAAAAUCAAGAUGAUAGCUUAGACUCCAAGACAGUCAAUAGCUCAACUAUCAAGUUUGGGUCAUGAAGUUCUUCACACCUAUUGCAUAAUACAUGGUAACAUCUAGAUUGAGAUAUAAUACAAUGGUCUCUAUUUUCAGAUUAUCUGGGCUGUUGAGUACCUUCACUCGCAUGGUAUAAUCCACCGGGAC